AUGUCGACUUCUACCGGAAACCAUCUGCGUGCCGUCUACACUUCGCCUCAACCCUCUACUCAGACCUUCCAGCACGACCUUUCCUCGACCCCGGUACCCUCCGACACGUCGUCCAAGGUGGCCUACCUGGGAGAAUUGCGACAGCUGGUGCCGAAAUUGCAGGAUGAAAUCAAUGUGUUUCUGACAGAGCGCAUGGAAGAGGACAAGAAGGCUGCCGAAGCGCAAGGGAGGAAGGAGUCGGAGAAAGAAGCCAAGGAGGAAGAAAACUACGGAGAGGAGAAUGUGGAGGAGGAUGCUUGA